AGUAGCGCUGAGUGGCACUAGCUCAUUUAGCCGAUAGCUGGACGUGCUCGAGCUCAGCCGGUCUGUGGGGAAGUUGCUGUUCAGUUCAAAUUUACCAAACAACGAAAUAACGCCGCUGGUGAACUUCACACAGGAUAUAACGUGUAUUAUGCUCGACUUCAGACCAGUACUCGGGUCAACACUGGCUAUUUGAUACAUUUUUGACACGGAGUGGGACUCCUGACCAGAAGGCCGACACGACCGAAGCGUCACGGGUGUGGACUGUAUGUGACAGGCGCCCGUCCCAAACCGCGCUAAAUGGUACAUGGAAUUAGGACGCCUGUUAUAUCAGAGACACUAUUUUCCCACACGAAUUAGUACCUCAAUACUAUGCGGUUUGAGACACAGCCGCUGUUGAAGAACGUUUCAUCGAGUUGACUAGCUACAUUUAUGGGGAUAAGCUAACCGGAGGUCGGAACAAUGGAUUCGUUGGGAAUAUGCGAGGCCAAAUGCCUGGCUACAGUAAAAGGACAUGAACUGAGGGCCGGGCAGCUGGAACCUAGACUUCUCUCUUUACUGGAGAGCUCCGGGCAGUUUUCGUUGAACAUCUUGGCAAAACCUGAGGCAGUGAUUUCCAAUCCGGUUCCUCAGUUGUCCAUACCAAUCAACAGGCAUUUUCAAAUAUCUAAAGAGGAGGAUCUUCUCAUUGACAUCUCAAUAAACGCGACGCUGAGGAUCCGGAUCCGAGGGGAGAAGACUCCAGAGCUCCUGCUGGAGCUGCAGGACGACGAGCGCAGUCGGACAUUUCUUCAGCAAGUGAUGAAGACUAAACAGCAGGUUGAAGUGCUACCUAGAAGGACGGAGCCUGCUCCUGUUCCUGCCCCUGGCCCCCCUAAAGACUCAGUCCCAGUCCCAGUCCCUCCUCAGAGAAGCGCUUCUAAAACAGCAGGCGGCGCUACCAAGAACAUGCAGCACGUCAACAGCAACCACAGCACUUCAGGCAAACCUUUAAAUGCAACGGAAACUCCUCACUCGCUGGCUACAGAUUUCGGUUUCGAGACCAACUUCAACAAUGUCCUAAAAGUAGAGGAAAAAAAGAAUCAGCAAAACCGGAUCGUCGCCCCAAGAGAAGCCCCCCCUCCUCCACCUCCCCCCACUCCUCCCCUUCCUCCACGAAAAGUCCCACCUCCCAAAGAUAGACCCACUCCUGUACAAAUGGCCACUCCUGUCAGACAAGAGUACAACCAAUCUGUAGAGCAGGCCAGCUCUUGGUCUAACAGUCCCACCACGAACACCAUGAGGCAGGCCAUGCUCAGCAGCCAGUCAGGUCUUAGAGAGGGCCUUCUUAAAUAUCGCCUGGGCAAAAGGGAGAAGGAGUAUGUGGACAUCCAGAACUUCAGGGUUUUUGCUGGCACGUGGAAUGUGAACGGUCAGUCCCCUGAUAGCAGCUUGAAUAACUGGUUGUGCUGUGAUCCUGAGCCUCCUGAUGUAUAUGCACUGGGGUUUCAAGAACUGGAUUUAAGCACAGAGGCGUUAUUGUACAUGGAUUCAUCUAAACAGCAGCUGUGGGUUGAUGCAGUCGAGCGGAGCCUUCAUCCCAAAGCCAAGUACAGACAGGUACGUCUCAUCCGGUUAGUAGGGAUGAUGCUGGUAGUGUUUGUUAAAAAGUCACACCGGGACCACAUCAGCGAUGUUGCCGCCGAGUCUGUCGGAACCGGCCUCAUGAAUAAAAUGGGAAAUAAAGGAGGCGUGGCAGUGCGCUUUGUGUUUUACAACACCAGCUUCUGCUUUGUAAACUCCCACCUGGCAGCACACGUGGAGGACUUCGAGCGACGCAACCAGGACUACAAGGAGAUCUGCGCCCGCCUGAGCUUUCACCUCAUGGAGCACCCUCCUCUUAGUAUAGUCAAGCACGAUGUGGUUAUUUGGCUUGGAGAUCUGAACUACAGACUGUUUUUGUAUGAGGCCGCUGAGGUGAAGAGGCUAAUCACUGAAAAGGAACUACGAAAGCUCCAGGAUCAGGACCAGCUGAACAUCCAAAGGAAGACUAAGCGUGCCUUUACUGACUUUAUGGAAGGAGAAAUUAACUUCAUCCCUACUUAUAAAUAUGAUCCAAAAUCUGAUCGAUGGGACUCAAGUGGGAAAUGCCGGGUCCCUGCCUGGUGUGAUCGUAUCUUAUGGAGAGGUAAUAAUGUCAAGCAGUUGCACUACCGUAGCCACAUGGAGCUGAAAACUAGUGACCAUAAACCUGUUAGUGCUCUCUUUUCCAUUGGGGUAAAGAUGGUGAAUGAACAGCGUUAUAAGAAGGUAUUCGAGGAGAUCGUUCGAGAGAUGGAUAGGAUGGAGAAUGACUUUCUACCCUCUUUGUCACUCACUCAAAGAGAGUUCAUCUUUGAGAAUGUGAAGUUCAGGCAGCUGCAGAAACAGAGUUUUCUCAUCACUAAUGAUGGACAGGUGCCCUGUACUUUCGCCUUCAUCUUCAAACUUACAGACUCUCAGUACUGCAAACCCUGGUUACGAGCAGACCCGUGUGAAGGUGUUCUCGACCCUAAUGAGACUCUGGAGAUUUCCUUGGAGGUUUAUGUAAGUAAAGACUCGGUAACUCUCCUCAAUUCCGGUGAGGAUAGAAUUGAGGACAUCCUUGUGCUGCACUUGAGUCGAGGGAAGGACUAUUUCAUUACUGUGUCUGGGACCUACCUGCCCAGCUGCUUUGGGACCUCACUGGAGACACUGUGCCGCAUGAAGAAACCGAUCCGUGAAGUCCCCAUCACCAGACUCAUUGAUCUGGAAGAGGAUGGCUACAUGGAAAAGGAAAAAUCCAGGGUGAACCACCUGUUGGACAGUGGCAAUGCAGAGGAGAAACCCUUAAAGAUCCCCAAGGAGAUCUGGCUGCUGGUCAACCAGCUCUUCACCAAAGCUUGUCGGCAGGAGGACUUGUUCCAGACCCCUGGCUUGCAAGAGGAGUUGCAAAGUAUUAUAGACUGUUUGGACACCAGUAUUCCAGACUCUAUCCCUGGCUCAAACCAUUCAGUAGCUGAGGCGCUGUUGAUCUUCUUGGAGGCUCUGCCUGAGCCAGUGGUGUGUUAUGAGCUCUACCAGCGCUGUGUGGAAUGCUCACAUGACAGCCGCCUGUGUAAACAGUUAAUCUCUCAGCUCCCGUCUGCACACCGCAAUUUGUUCCGUUACCUAAUGUCCUUCCUGAGGGAACUCCUGAAGCACUCGUUCGACAACAACCUCACGGCCAACCUCAUAGCUACCCUCUUUGCGAGCCUCCUCAUCAGGCCACCACCAAACCUCACGAGCAGGCAGACGUCCAACGAUCGACAGCGGGCCAACGAUUUCAUCCUGGGCUUCCUGAUGGGCAACGACGAAGACUGAGCAGCCAGUUAAAUAUCAGGGAUCCUGACUCGGAUCCAGGUGCAGGUGGUGACCUGCCGAUGGCCGGGAAUUUAAUGGGAGUGAAUGUGUGUGUGUGUGUGUGUGUGUGUGUGUGUGUGUGUAUGAUGUAAUGUCCAAGGUGUUUGGCCCACCCUCUCAUCCAUGGAUAAUCCUUUGAUGAAACAGCAGCUUUGCAUUCAGCAAAGUUAGUUCUCUUGGAGCUCUGUAUUUAUGCAGUCCGGUGAUGAGUCAAUGCCAAAAACCAAAAAUGUUAUAACCCGUGUGUGUGAGUGUGUGAGACUUGCAUUCAUACAUGGCCAAUUUAAAUGAACACUAAAUAUUAAGAGUAAUAAGAAACUGCUAAGACACCACAAAAACUCUUACUCUCAGACCGAAGCCGCUUUCAUUUUUCACCUGACCCCGCUGUGUGACUGGUAUCCGAGUAAAGACUUUUACUCAACUCCAUGGCAGCAGGUGAAAAACAAGGUUCUUGAAAGGGGAUUUCGACAAUCGUGAUGAAGCUUGAUGCGGCAGUGAGCCCUAAUCACAGUGGCGUGUCUCCGUUGGAAUGUUAAAUGUUAUUUAUAGAUUUCCGUCGUCUCAUGUUCGUUCUUAUGGCAUUUUUUUUCCAAGUAUUGAGAUUUACCCCUUUUGCUUAGGGUUCCGGAAACGUUUCAGCAAAUAAUCAGAAGUCUUUGCGGUCCGACAGCAGUUACGUUAGCCUUGUACAGAAUAAGUUCGUACAUGUGUGCCGGCACGGAAUAGAUACAUAGAGGAAAAAUCUGCUGCGAUUUUGGCUGCAAUUUAUUCAUUGGAUUGCAUUUAGUUCAAGUCAGGAGUUUCAAUUCAGACCUUUUUAACACCCGCCCCGGCCACCCCCAGUUUGUUUACACAUACGUUUUUGAUAGAUCGUGGUUUCUUUACUGAUAAAACGGUUAGCAAGGUUCUAGCGUUAAGACUUAAAUAAACCGAGUAGUUUAUAAUUGUUUAAAGGCUUUUAUCUAUUGAACCGGGCGGCACAGUGGCGCCUUACAGCAAGGAAGUCCGGGGUUCGAUUCCCAGGUGGGGUAAGAAUCCGGGUCCGUUCUGUGUAGAGUUUGCAUGUUCUCCCCGUGUCUGUGUGGGUUUCGUCCGGGAGCUCCGGUUUCCUCCCACAGUCCAAAGACCUCAUGCAAGUGAGGUGAAUUGGAGAUACAAAAUUGUCCUUGACUGUGUUUGAUUUUAACCGACCCCACCCAAUUUUGGCAGGCUGACAUAUUUAGUUACACCUAGGAGCAGUUUAUUGGUGCUAAUUUACCAACUGCAUGCUUAAGGGAGGAGAGGGGAAACUAAAGCACACAAAGGACAGAACACCUGACUCCUCAAAGGCAAUGACUGGAGCUAAAGAUCAAACACUACACGUUGCACUAGUCUCAACACACUGAUGAGCCAAAACAUUAGGACCACUCGGCUCCUGGACAUGGACUCCACGAGACAUCUGAAGGUGUCCUGUACUAGGACGUUAUCAGUGACCUCCUUUAUGUUGUGAGGUGGAUGGUCCUACUGCACAGCUCCAUACACAUCAGGGUUCGAUUUGAACCAACAGGGCUUUUCUGUUGCCGUGUUCUAGAUGCCAUCGCAGUCAUGUCCUCUAGCAUCAGUGAGUCAGUUCAUACAGGACGUAGCAGACCGUGGUUGCUGGGUAAUCACCUCGGCUGCCUGUGGUCAUCUGGCCCUUAUAGAAGUCAUUCAGGUCUUUAUGCUGUACAUAUCAUCUGCAAAUACAAUUAAGAGUUAAGGGUCUUGUUCACAGACCCAGCAAUAGUAAUGGUGGGGCUUGAAUCUGCAAACCUCUGAUUACUACAUUGUCAGUUUGUAGGCCAUUAAAAUAAUUAACAUCCAUCAGCCCAAUAUUAAUACAUCCUUGCUGUACUUUUAGGGGUUGGUCCUAAUGUUUUGGCUCAUGUGUGGUGCAGCAGGUGGUGUAGUUGGUGCUGCACAGCUUUUGGGUCCUGGGUUCAACCUCGCAUCUGAAUACUGGUUCUUAGUACUAGAUUCUUUCUACAUUAGGUGAAUUGGUUACUGGAAAUUGCCCCACUGUAUGAGAAUGAAUUGGUGGGUGUAUGAUGCCCUAUGAUGGAUUGGGACCCUGUUAUUAUUGGGAUUUACAGGCCAGACAUGACAUCAGUCAGUAUAAAGUAGUAAUUAAAGAUAAAAAAAAAAUCAGAUGGGCAGCAAUUGUGUACAUAUAUUAGUAUUAAACAUAUUUGUUAUUCGAGUUUAAAACUGGCAAAUCAGAUUGAUGCUGUAGGCUUUUAUGCCCAGUGCUGAUAAAAGUCCAAUUAAACAUCGCAGUGUGUCUGUAGCUUCAGUUUAUAGCGUCAACGUAACGUCGCCUUCUUCAGUUUUGAUCUUUCUGAUGGUUUACUACAAAUUCUGCUAUUAUUUUUCAGAAAGGUGCUUGCUUGAUGUCCUACCCCAUGUAAAUGUGUGCUUCUGUACCCUCUUUCUUUUAUUAUUAUUAUUACUGUGUAGUAUUGUCUUUCAAUGUUGGUCCAAAUUGUCCUGUCAUUUGUAAUGCCUGUACAAUAUUGUGCUAAUCUAUACCAUGACAGCUUUAUCAUUUUCAUUCCCUUGAUCCAUGACCGGUUAAAAACUCUUAAUAGUACACUUAUGAACUUAGGUUUUCAGCCAAACUCAAACAGUCGCUGUAUACUGAAGUGCAUUUUAUUUAUUUAGGUUUGCCCUGAUGUAUGUUGUCAGGUUGCCAUGUCAGUAGGUAAAUGUUCUACUCUUGCCCCUAGGUAUGAGUAAGAAUUAGUCACCGACCCUGUAACAGACUAGUGCCCUCUUUAAAUAAUCCGUAUUCUUGCCUUAUGUCAGUUCAUCCAGCCUAUGUCUGUCUGGAUUAGAGGUUACUAAAGGUGACUAAUCAUUUAACAGGUUAGAAUUUACAAUUAGAGAACGUAAAAUUGAACCUGGAGUUUAAUUCCAGUUCAAAUCAUUUGAACAGCUGUUACAGAAAUGAACUUCUUGUGAGCUGGCACUCACAGCGCUCUGAUUACAAAGCUCGAACGUACAGUAUAGUCGAGUAGAAGAGCCAGUGAUGCUUUUACGGUAUCCCAGCUGUACAGAAAACACCAACACUGAAGAUGUGUUGAAAAUAAUACGAGGGAACUUCAAAAAGUUUCCGCACUUGGGAGGAGUAGUAAUUGGUCGUGUCUGAGAGACCGAGGGAGAGCUUAUAGUCCGGGUUUUUAUCAGCGCCACCUGAUUUCCACUUUUUUGGACCGCACAAAGAAGAUUUUCAUGUGAUGAUGAUGUGAAAGCAGAGGUGCAACAGUGGAUACUUGCUCAACCAAGAACUUUUUGCUGAUGGCAUUAAAAAGUUGGUACGACGCUGGGAAAAUGCAUCGGAAGGUGACUAGAAAAAUAAGUAAGUUUAAAAAAGUGUGGAAACUUUUUGAAGAACCCUCGUAUUAUAGGAGCAUUAUCAGACAGUUACGUUACCGCUGCAGUUGCCUCUGUUUGAAGACGCUAUAUGAAACGAGGAGGUGCUUAUUCGCUUUGGACACUAUGAGCUCAAACUUUCCCACUUGCUGAUGUCUGCCCUGCAACGUCGAAAUCUUUCCACACUCUGGCUUGUGGAAAUACCAGUCAGACUUGGUACCAGCCCUCUUCUGUUUGGAACUUCCUCUGUGGUCGAGGUUAGAAGAAGACUCCUGAAUAGGGCUGCACACUGCACAGCUGGAAGCAGUUGCUCAGCUUAAAUUCCAAUCUUGUCUAAACAGAUUCCACAUGAUAUAUAUACAGUAUAUCCUAUAUUACUGCCUUGUACUGUCCUGUAUCGUCCUGUAUCAUUGUUUUUUCUAUCUGACUGGUUCUGCACUGGUUUGUCUUAUUAUUACGGUACAUAUGCAACUGAAUACUUGCACAUCUCCCAGAUUUCUCUCUUUUUUUGGUACUUUUAACUUAUUUAAUGGAAAUAAAAAUCCUAAUAAUA